AGCAUCAAUCACAGACAGUACUCCCAAUCCAAGUCGUACGCUUCCGUGAUAGUAGGAGCUAAUCGGUGGGUGCGGGGAAAUUUGGUGUGGUAUUUAGUUGUCGAGCAAGAGUUAUUGCACGAAAUACCGACACCAAAAAUCUAAGAAGCUGCUGACUGACUGCUCAUGGGCAAAAUACGACUAUGAUGUCGGUACACGACGUUACGGACCUAAUGAUAACGUCAUUUGAUGGUAAUGCGGUAGACAAGUUUGGCCGAGAUGCAUCUCCGCGACGAUGUCUUUUGCUUGAAUCCGUAAUGCCUAAUCGACAUCGCGCAUCCAGCUGCAAACUUUUUCAGAUGCCAUCCGAGAUUCUUGCUGAGAUUGUUGAUAUGAUAGCUGAUGAUAAAUCCUCACUGAGCUCUCUCGCACUGGUAAACAGUGAUUGCCGCUACCUCGCUCGCUCCUGCCAGUUUGCAGAGAUUCGAUUCGAUUACAGUAUUCGCUCGUUGUGUCUGUUUGCUCACUUGGCAAAAGAGGUUUAUGAAAUAAAACGAGGGGAAGUGCCAUUAUACGCGAUUGGCACUUGUGUGCGCCGAGUUAUCUUCGCAUCAGAUCCUGGGUGUGUCAGAGCCGCACAUCCUGAAUUGUAUAGUUCAAUUUUUGGCGAAAGACGGGACGCAUACACGGAUGAACGGCGUAAUGAUUUACGAAAGGGAUCGAAUACAUUCUACGAGCUAGCAAGGGAAUGUUCAAUCUUGGCAAUUUCUCACACAAUGCCCAAUCUAGAGAUGCUUGCUUGGGAGGACUCUUAUACGGUGGAUCAAGAAUUCUUCAAAGCUAUUAGUCGAAGUUCGGCGCAUCACCUCAGGCUAUCACGUAUGACAAUUCAUGACACUUUUCGGCUGGAACCACCGCUGACCGCUGACGCCUGGCCCCUUCGAUCACUUCAUCUCAACUUGAACCUUGCUAUCUCGGCUUCGAACUCAGCCGAAUCAAGCAUAAGCAACUCACCAGACGUGAAAUCGAAACACCCACUUUCCAGUUUCUUCGGAACACUAUUUCAGCUAUGCGCUCCUACGCUUGAAACUUUACACUGGAGUCAUUUUGACAUAAAGUUGCAUUCGCAAGUAGUGUCCCUAGACGAAUUCCCUCUGGCGUUUCCCAGGUUACAACACUUGCAGCUUGGCUUAAUACGUAUAGACCCUCUGACGUUCUCAAUGCUGCUUGUCCCAACUCUGAAGCACCUGGCACUACCUAGAUGCGAGUUCAAAAGCCUCAAGGGCUGCCUUGCUGCUAGUGAGCCGUUGCGAGAUCUCGAAAGCCUCGUGAUUUCUUGUCUGCCUCGACCAUAUGAUGAGAUGAUUACAUUCAUAAAGAAGCACAACUUCGUUCGCAAGCUCUCGAUACACGAUAAUGCCAGACCACCGGGCGAGCAAGGACUCGAUUUUCUUAUCAUACCGAUUCUAGCUGAAGGAUUAUUCCGUAAUCUCACUUGCCUUUCUUUACAGUGCGGUACACUUGACAAUGACGACAGACCGAUGGAUGCUCAUAUCUCGGAAGCAGCUCUGAAAACGAUUGGGAAAAUAGAGUCACUUGAGCGACUUCAUCUUAGUGUGGGCUUCUCUUUUGGGUGGAAGUGUCAAUGGCUCAUAGAUCAUAAUGCAAUGCGACAUUCAUUGGCAACUUUGAAGAAACUGACAAUGCUGGCCUUUGAACGGGAUACAUACCGCAUCUCUGCAAUGCCUUCUAUGGCUCCAGAACUGUAUUAUUCCGCGCGCCUCGUUGGAAACGAUGAGCGAGAACUUGCUGAAAUGCGAAGCGACAUUGUCAAAAAUGACCAGCACAUUGGUGGUGAAGACGAUGAAGACGAUGAAGACGAUGAAAUCUGGGAAAGGGCACAUCGAAAUCGCAUGCUUACAGAGGCGGAGGCAUACGCUGCUCUUUUCCCACAGUUAGAAUGGCUUCUUUGUGGCCAACGUCCCAUUGGGUUUUCAAAAAGUGUGGAAAGUUCAACCGCCCCUCGGAAAGCAGUUCCUCUGACGACGCAGCGAGACGAAUGCUAUACCUUUCUGCAGGAGACUUUCGGAUUAGGGGAGUGACCAUGUUCGAAGAAAGUGCGCUGCAGGCCUACCGUCAAAUUAAUGUCUUCUCCGAGAUAGAUUUAUAUUCCAAACGGACGUAUUUAUCUAGAGUGGCCCCCUUGCAAUAAUAAAUACAUAGAAGUAAU